GUCUCCAGGGAAACGAGCUAAUAAAGGACGUGCAAAGGCGCCUGGACGUUUACUAGAGGUAAAUCCAACCGAUAAUAACCAGAUAUUCGCGCAGAAUUCAUAUUAAUUAUAUUGAGCGCUUUAGCAAAUGAAACAAAUAAGUCUCCGUCUGAUAUUUUAUCUACAAACCGAGAAAGGCAGUGAUAGUUUUAGACUGUUUUAACUGAUAUAAUGACGUCUGUGGAAUCAGAACCUAUUAUAAGUCAAAAAACCGCGGGAAUCCGGAUUGUAUUAAUUAUUGGCAGAUGAAUGGAAGUGACUACAGACAGUCGCUGUCGGAUAGGCCGAGCUCCGACGGCAUAGAAACCAGAUUCAGUGCAUGGACGCCUGUAACAAAUAAAGCAUGUAACCAACAGCUUUUUCAGGAAAGAACAACUCUCAUCCUCCAUUGGUUUGACCUGUGGACAGACCGACAAAGAAAAGAAUUUAUUUGUCGACUUCUGAGAAGAUGCUCCAAAACUCAGCUCAAGUUCACCAGUGAUUGUUUGGCAGAAUCAGUCCCUAUCACUCGAAUGGACUUCACGGCUGUGUUGCCUCGCUUUCUGUCUCUCUACAUCAUGUCCUUCCUCAGUCCUCGAGACAGCUGCACUGCAGCACAGGUGUGCUGGCACUGGAGAUUCCUGGCAGAGCAGGACUGUCUGUGGUCUCCAAAGUGCAUCCGUCUGGGCUGGUUUCUUCCCUACAGCCCAUCAGAUCAUGAGUACGGAGCGUGGAAAAGACAUUAUGUGGCCUGUACUGCCAGUUUAGAUAUUCUGACUGCACGGGAAGCAGCAGAUGUCUAUGGUACCUUGAAUGAGAGUUUGACGGCACCAGAGGAGCAGGAGGAUAGAUGGAGAGAGCACAAGAUAAGACAAACUAUCAGAGAGAAGAUAGCAGAGCAUAAAAAGGCUGCACUGAAGACCAGGAGAGCAUGGUUAAACACCAGUAAAUUGGGCACAUCAUCUAUUCAUAAGCCACUGAGUCUUACUGCUGCUCUUGUUCAGCUUGGGGAAAAGUGUCGAUUGACAAAUUCGCUCUCCAGUGUGGAAAUAAGAGAACCGCGGCUUGAUUUGAGGAUGAAUAAUACUCUUGAGAGCACAUGUGCCUCCAGUGUAAUGACAACUAUGAGUUCACUGUUCUGCAAACCAGUCAAGUAUUCCUACUGUCCUCUUCCUCAUUUCCUGCUUGUGUCAUCCAGAGUUCCUGGAUAUGAACUGAUUCUGGCCGCAGUGCAAGUGCCUGUGGUGGUUUUGCCAUAUGACUCACAAGGAAUGACCUUGGAGGCUUUGCUCUCCCUGGCGGAAAGGGCGAUCCAAGGCAGGAUGGUGCAAAGUCUUGGCAUUCUGGUGGCAGGAAGCACAGAUGAGUUGACACUCACAGAUGGACUGAGCAUUACUGAGAAGACAGUGCUGACGCCGUGUGUGAGGGAGUUCUGGGAGAAGUUAUGUGGCUGGGUGGUUCCUGCUUCAGAUGGAGGGAGUCUGAACAUCUUUGCUCCCCUGGCAGCUUCUGUUGCAGGAACAGAUCUGAUGAGGAAGUUGUCCGUUUUGACUGGUCUGAAUGUCAGAGCUCCCACAGGAAUCUGUACAGGCUCCUACCAGCACAUUCUCAGUGAGUGGUCCGGGUCUGGUGAGUUUCCUCCACUGGUGUAUCUGCAUGAGACCCUCCUUCUGAGCUGGUGCAGACAGGCUGAAUGGAUUGAAGAAGCCUGUAAGCAACUGCGGAAACAGCUGGGGCCACAGCUGCACUUUAUGUGUCAAGAGAUCAGAGGCCGCAUCCUGGGUCUGUUCCUCUGGGAUCAUAUAAAGAUGCCAGUCAUUUCCCUUAAAUCAGAGGUCAUGCAGUGUUUGGUUCAUGGGCUCGUGGCACUGAUGAAUGAGACUCCAGACGAUCCCUUAGACUUCUUGGGACACUUUCUCCUAAGGACUUCGGUCAACGGUGGUUUGAAGAACACCAAUCCACUCUUUCUUACAGAAAGUGCUUCCUUUAAUGGCCCCAAUCCAGAAUCUCCAAAGGGUUUGUUAAGUGAUGCAGAUAGACGCAGUGCUGUGUGCAAAGAGCUUUUGAAUAGUGAGAAAACAUACGUGAGGCACCUUCAAGCAGUGGCCACAGUGUACUACACACCUCUCAGAGCGGCACUGGACUCCAACCGAGCCAUCAUCAGCUCAGUCAGUCUCAUCACCCUCUUCUGCCCUCUGCUGGACAUUUUGGAGGCUAACAAUGUAUUUCUGAAGGAGCUUACUGAGAGGUGGGAGGAGUGGGGUCCGAUGCAGUGUGUGGGGGAUGUUUGUGUCAAGUUUUGCACCAAGUUAAGAGUCUACACUAACUUUUUCAACAACUAUCCCACCAUUCUGAGAACUAUGGUCAAGUGUCGUGAGAUGCUUCCUGUAUUCCGCAACUUUCUGAAGAGACACGACCGGACUGUUGCUACCAGAAUGCUGAGUCUCCAGGAGCUGUUUCGCACACCAUCUGCGCGGGUGGAGGAGUAUGUGACUUUGCUUCAGGCUUUAACGCUACACACACCGCCUGAGCACCCAGACUACACACCAUUAUCAUCUGCCCUCAACUCACUGAUGACUUACAGAGGCUUCAUCCACAAGUUGAAAAAGAGUCUGGAUCGAGACUUGAGAAUCUUGGAGGCACAGAGCACAAUUCAAAGCUGCCCAAAUUUAUUGGAGGGGAACAGAUACUUGAUCACCACACAGGAUGUGGCAUUACUGAGCUGCCUUAAUGGAGACAUUGCUUCCUCUCUCAGGAUAUAUGAGCAUGUGAGUGACCUGGGCUUGUUUCUGUUCAAUGAUGCUCUUGUGCUCACAGAGAAGAGUGUGUCAAACGUGCCAUUUUGUCUGACAGUGAACACGACUCACACCUUUCUGGCCUCUGUGGCUCUGCACUGUCUAAAUCUCACGGAAAUCGCAGAUACAAAGUAUGUCCAAAAUGCUUUUCAGCUGGAGAGCCCAAAGCGCCAGUGGAUCUGUGCUACAGAUAGAGAGGAGGACAAGAUCAGGCUACUGUCUGCUUUACGCAGUGCUAUAAAUGCUGCUAUAACACGUAACUAAAGAUGAACAUAGUAUUUACUACUACAAGCUAUAUGAUGAAACUAUGAUGGAUGCUCGAUGGACAUAUUUAAUUUCAAACUGGCUAUUUUUUCCAUUUGGUUUAGUACUAAGCAAACUGACUUGUUUAUGCACGAUUACAGUAUGAAUUAAUGCAUAAAUAUAAAAAUCUGUAUUUUUAUGUAUACUGGAUGUCUUUGACCUUGUGAUUUUGAAUAUAUAAUUUUUACUUUAUUGCUGAAACAAUGCAGAAAAAUUGGAUAAUCAUACACCGGGCUAUAUAAUCAUUUUCAUAUUAUAAUUUAAAUAGUCUUCAUAUUUUAAAUGCACACUUAUGUAGGAUAUAAAAGCAUUUAUUUAAAAAAAAAAAAAAGUUCUCACAGUGUUAAAAUUAGAUUGCAUUGUGGGACCUCCCACAUCAGAACACUCGACACUUGCAGAUAUCAAUUGGACAACUGUUUCAUACUAUUUAUGCGUGCAAAAAAAAGGACAAUUAAAAAUAAAAAGACAAAAAUCCCUCACCAUGUUACAUGGUUACACCUAACUAAAAUUAGCUGCCACUUAUAAUUCUUGAAGAAUUAAAUGACAUUUUUAAAACAAUUAUCUGAACUGUUAGUCCAAUGUAUUUAGAGUGUUUUUACCUCUUUAUCUACUUCCAAACACAAUAUGUCUCCACCUUUGUAGUGUGCAAUAUUGUGGGAUCUGCAUAGUUUUAUAUAUGCUUCAGUAUCAUCAGGAUAGACAUGUCUGCUUAAGACAAGCAAAUACACAAAAUAUAAUAAUAUGUUGAUAAAAGCCAAGCCAAACAAAGUCGCUAGGAACUAGACAUUUUGGAGUCUAGUAGUAGUACUAGUACUAGACUUUCUUUUAUGCACAUAUAUGUUUUUCCGUGCAAAAGUAUAGACAUAACAAACAUUUAACUUUCAAGAGGUUAAUAACCUCCUAACUUCCAGUUUCAAUUAACAUAUAAACGGAAAAGAAACGUUUACAUAAGAUUAGGCCUUAAUAUAAAAGUAAAAAUUAUUACAUUAUCUUGAUCUAUUCAAAAACCCACACAACAUCAUUAAAGAAAAUCCUAUUAACCAAAGAAAUACAGUAGUGGUGAAAAGUGAUAUCCGAAAGGUAUUGGCUUGGGCAUUUGUAUUUAAUGACCCUACAAGUUGAAUUAAACCAUCAAAAUAUGAGGAAAAUAUUUUAUAUAUUUUAAAUGUGAGGGAAGAAUAAACACUAAACUUGGUUAAGGUAUUUAUCUGACAAAAUUAUUGGGCCAAACUACAGCAACAGGUUUUAUUUUACUAUUGAAAAAAGCAAAAAAAAAAAGCAUAGAAAACAUAUUUUGUCGGUUCUCAUCUCUUGUUUUGUUCAUAAUUUCUUUGUAUGACAGCCUGGUCAUAAUUAUGUCUGUGUUAUCACAAAUAAAACAAUUGACUCCAAA